AAUGACCCAACCGCUGUGCACUUUUAAGGGCCAAAACAAUGAAAACAUACAACUUUAAUAUGCUUCCUUCGGUCAGUGAAGCUUAAACAGUGAGUAAGAAGAUGCUUAUGCACUUGGCAGGAUAAAUUGGCGCGACAGCUCGCUGUUAGCUUCGCUUUCGGUGGGUAAAUGGGUGUCAUCGGCCUUCCGCAUUUUCCUGCGGCUCUGCGCAGUGACGUGUCGCGCUGACGGCGGGUCGCGCUGUGGCGAAGCUGCGGGCUGCAGCGCGUCUGUCUUUGGAGCUCCGCCCUCCCUGCGCACUCCGCGGCCCGCCCAGCGCCCGCUAACUCCCGAUCCAGCCCUGCCCGAGUCUGGGGGAAUCCGACGGCCUGCCUGCCCGGGGAAAAUCUGGAGGCCGCCCCGCGCGUUGAUCUAUGUUGUGCCGUGGCCAAUGAAGAAUAAAGACGAUGGAUGAGGAGGUGACAAGGCUUGCUCUCCGUUCCCAAGAGCCAAAGAUUAUCCUGCAUGGUUCAGAUGAGGGAGGUGCUGGAGAGGAGGAGUAUGUGGUGGAGCUGCAGGAGACGGUGCUGGUGUCUGAAGUGGAGGGGGAGGGGGCGUCUGUGCAGGGCUUCUCCUCCGAUGAGCUCGUGAUCCAGGAUGCAGUGGAGGACGUGGUUGCCGAGUACGUACACUGCGAUGACGACGAGGGCGUUGCCGUGGAAACCUGUGUGAUGUCACUGGAGGGUGAGGAGGAAGAGGAGGAUGGCGUUGCCAUGGCAGAGAUGACAGAAGAUGUUUUGGUGGCGGAGGGGAGGGAGCAGGACGGCCUGGACCCAGAACACGACUCGGACAGCUGCGGAGACUACCUGAUGAUCUCAUUGGACGAUGCAGGUAAGAUGGUGUCGGGAGAUGGAGAGGAGGUGACUGUAGAGGGGGCAAUAGAUGAUCAGGAGGUGGAGAAAGAUGAGGACGGACAGGAAGUCAUUAAAGUUUACAUCUUUAAAGCUGACUCGGGAGAGGACGACCUUGGAGAGACAGUGGACCUCGGUGAGAAUGAGGCAGUCGCUCUGGCUGAGCCUGUGGUUCGACCGCUGAGAGAGAAGAUGGUCUACAUGUCUGUGGGAGACGGUCAUCACACACAGACUGAUGGAGGGUCUAAGCUCUCUGAUGAGGUGUACAUGGAGGUGGUGGUUGGAGGCGAGGAGCCGGUGCCUCAUGACAGGCCGUAUGAUGGCACCGCCCUGAGCAAGGACUUCAUGCCUGUUGCGUGGGCAGCUGCAUACGGUUCGGAUGAGGGCUGCGAGAACCGUAACGGUGCUGCGAGCGCGUUACUGCACAUUGACGAGUCGGAUGCACUGGACAAACUCAACCGGCAGCACGGCAAGAACAAGAGACGAGCUGAACCCCGACAGGUCCAAACAGCGAUCAUCAUCGGUCCAUAUGGACAGCCUCUGACCGUCUACCCCUGCAUGCUGUGCGGUAAGAAAUUCAAAUCCCGCGGCUUCCUGAAGCGACACACUCGCAACCACCACCAGGACGUGUUGAGUCGCAAAAAGUACCAGUGCACGGACUGCGACUUCACCACCAACAAAAAAGCCAGCCUGCACAACCACAUGGAGGUCCACGCGCUCAGCAACAAAGCGCCGUUCGAAUGCGAGACCUGCGGUAAAGAGUUCCACCAGCAAGCGGCGCUGUUCUCGCACCGUCUCCAGCACCACCACCGCGAACAGAAAGCGCCCACGGCCAUUGCGUCGCCGCUUCCUCCUGCCGCCGCGACCAAGACGCACAAAUGCAAGUUUUGCGAUUACGAGACUGCCGAGCAAGGGCUGCUCAAUCGCCACCUGCUGGCUGUGCACAGUAAGAGCUUCCCGCACAUCUGCGUGGAAUGCGGCAAAGGUUUCCGCCAUCCGUCGGAGCUAAAGAAACACAUGCGCACACACACUGGCGAGAAGCCGUACUCGUGCUUGUACUGCGAUUACAAAUCGGCCGACUCGUCCAACCUGAAGACGCACGUGAAAACGAAGCACAGCCGCGAGCUGCCGUUCCGCUGCGAGCGCUGCGGCCAGACCUUCGCCGAGGAGGACGAGCUGACGCAGCACGCUGCGACACACGAGGACGCUCGCGGACACCAGUGCAGCCACUGCGAGCAUCGCAGCUCCAACUCCAGUGACCUGAAACGGCACGUCAUUUCCGUGCACACUAAAGACUACCCGCACAAGUGCGCCAUCUGCGGGAAAGGCUUCCACCGGCCAUCCGAGCUUAAGAAACACUCUGCGUCGCACAAAGCCAAGAAACUGCACCAGUGCCGCCACUGCAACUUCAAGAUUGCCGACCCAUUCGUACUCAGUCGCCACAUCUUGUCCGUUCACACGAAGGAACAGCAGCAACCGCCGCAACAACCGACUCCGCCCACUUCGGAGUCGCCGCCGCCACAAGCCCCACCCACAGAAAAGAGCGCCCCCAAGAGGACUAUAGGGGCGGCGCAAUUAGCAGCGCCCACUGUAAAGAAAGCCGGCGGCGCCAAGGGUCCGCGGGAAAGGCGGGUGUAUCAGUGUCAAUAUUGCGACUACAGCACGGGAGACGCGUCUGGCUUCAAAAGACACGUUAUUUCCAUCCAUACUAAAGACUAUCCUCACCGCUGUCAGUACUGCUCGAAGGGCUUCCGGAGGCCUUCGGAGAAAAACCAGCACAUUAUGAGACACCAUAAAGACAUGGUGCCGGCAGAAUGAGCACCGCCUCUUCCUCCGCUCACUUCCAUAAAGACACUAAACAACCAUUGAUUCGAAAUCCCUCAUGUUAGGAACCUCUUACAAAGACCUCUCAUGCAUAGCAGUGCGUGUGUGUUGUGUCUGUAUGCGAGAGCGUGCAUAUGAACUUGCUUUAUGCUUAAUGAUCACAUGGUCUGCAGUCUUAAAGGAACAGUUCACCCUAAAAAUUUAAGGGGUCAUCAUUUACUCGCCCUCAUGUUGUUUAAUACCUGCAUGACUUUCUUUCUACCAAGGAAGGUAAAUGGUAUUUUAGAGAGAAUAUCCUGGUUCAUCUUUUUUGUAUUAUAAAUGUAUUAUUAUUAUAUUGUUUUAGUAUUUCAUAAAAUACAUUAUUAGGGGUCAAGCCCCGAAGGGGUGAAAUUUGGCACACAGAUAGAGGACAGUCUGAAAUGUGACCAUAGCAAAUUUGUAGUCUCUUCCUCAAACCCUCUAGCACCACCAACAGUUCAAACUUUUCUGCCAUUUUGAAUUUUCCUGAAAAACCUACUUUUUCCAAACUCCUCCUAGAGCGUUUGUCCAAUUUGCACGUAAUUUGGUAUGUAGCACCCAUUCACAAUCCAGGCAAAAUGCUAUUAAAAGAUUUUUGAUCGGCCAAUUCAUCCUCCUAUAGUGUGCCAUUAUGUCAUUACAGGCAUGACUUGGGGGUACAUGCACAGUAUCGUCACAGUGCCACCUGCUGGUGCUAAGAUAGGAAAAAUGGCUGUUUUGCUUAUAACUUUUGAAUGCCUUGUCCUAAAAUCAUGAGGCAUGCCGAGUUGAACGUUAUCCAAUUUUCUUUGGUCUACCAUUUUGGGCGAGGCCAUGUUCUGUGAGGACCUGUAAAGUUUUAGGUCAGCACCCCCUAGUGUUCAAGAGAUAUAAUAAAAUUUAUGAAAAUGCAUGAAAAAUUCAACAUAUUGUCAUUUAACUUGCAUCAUUAGAUCUGUUGGCUUAUGUCGAUACCUGCGAUACCACAUUUGCCAUAUUCUACCAUACUUACCGUCGGACAUAUUGAAUUUUAUUCAAAACCUGCGUCGUCAAAUUUUUCUGCGAGCACAUCAAAAUGAUAUGCGGCAGUAUCUUUGCAAAAGUUUUGUGUAAUGACACGAAACUUGGCACAUGUCAUCACAGGCAUGACUUGAGGGUGCAUACAGUUUCGUCAUAGCGCCACCUACUGCUCAUAAGUUAUAAACCAUGUUAUUAUAAGUGCUUGAACUGAAGUAAUUUAAACAGCUUUAUCCUAACCUCAUGAUCACAGAUGUCCACAAAUAUAUCCUUUUCUGCCCUUAUUUGGCUUGACCCUGUAAUUGCUGCUUGCAGCUAUAUUUAUAAUUGUCAUUAAAAUAAUGUAUUAUAUAAAUAUUAAACAUUUCUUAUCAUAAAUGCUCUGAAAA